AAUGUUUCGUACUUGAUGAAAAAGUUGACUUAACUUAUAAACCGAAAAACAACAUCACUAAUUUAACGAGCUAUAAAUAAACAAUCCUUAAUUGAUUUUCAGUGGUAUCAAUUAACAAUGUAAUCGUAUAUUCUAAAACACAAUGUACUGCAGAUAUACAAUACCUGAUAAUCAGUUCCAGCUAAUUGCUUCGCCAUAAAGCAAAGCUUCACCAUAGAGUAAUUACGGUUUGGACAUUUAUUAUUGUUACAAACCCAUUCCUUCAUGCACUCGGAAAACUUAUACACGUGUCUGAAACCCUAAAUUCACUAAACAUGAAUGGCCGACAUUAUAUACUCUUGGUACUUUGAUUCAUUCGUGCGUUAAACCCAUAGAUAGAUCAAUUUUACUCAGAUUUAAUUGAUUAAUUAGUCCUUAAUUACUUGCUAGAGAUGGAGAGCUAUUGUCAAGAGUCGGAGAGCUUUCGAUGUCAUGACCAUACCAUCCCAGGCGCAACCUACGAGGUCUGGGAUCCUGCCGCCGCCGUGGCCGACUACUUUGAUAGUCCCUGUCACCGGCUUCCUCCUUUAUCCGCCGACGCCGUCACUACACUUGAUAUCCUCUGUCACACGGAACAUCAUUAUGUGGCUUUCACGGAAGGUGAUGUAAGUUCACAACAACGGCCCAUCGACAUACUUCUUGAAGAUUCCGAGGUCGUCACUUCCUCCAUCCACGUUGACAUCGGUGACCGCACAACUGACAAACUCUGCGACAUCAUACAGAAUGAGCUGCUCAAGUGCAGCGGCGGCAGGUUGCGGCUGUGGGGAGGAUUCGAACCCAUGGUUUCUGGGAUAGAGACGAAAUUUAGCGACCUUGGCGCGUGCGAGGCGGUGCGCGUGACUGUCAACCUCACGUUCUACCACGUGUCAUCAGAGAGAGCGAUGAUCCGGGAUACGCGCCGCAGUUGAUAGAGACUGGAGGAAACAGAAUGAAACCGGCGAGCUGGUGGUCAAUGGAGGAUAUGUUGAAGAAGUUGGAUCUCGGCGAAGUAGUUGAUGGCGGAGAGGAGAGUUGUGCGGUGUGUUUGGAUUGUCUGAAAAGGGAGGAAGAGGAAGUUUUAGGGAUGCCUUGUUCGCAUGGGUUUCACGCCAAAUGCAUCCUCCAAUGGCUGCGCAAAAGCCAUUACUGCCCACUUUGCCGCUUCGAGAUGCCUACCGAUUAAUCAUUCCAUCCCAUAUUACAUUAUUAAUUGUUUGUAAUAAUUUCGAACUGAUUUUUCUUGUACCAUAACAAUUCUUCGUGUAUCAAUUUAGUGCAUAUUAUCUGCUUAUUAAUUGAUAUCUCAAUUUCGUUCCAUGACAAAUAUUUAAUUUGUGGGCUAUGAUUAAAAUAAAAUUAUUGCCUAUUUUGGAAAUUCAUGAUCAGUGAUUGGAUCGUGGAUAUAGUAAAAAAUAUAGUUAUCAAAAAUAUAAUAAAAAAUGUUAUUACUAACCAAUGAAGUAGAUGGAUCGUGGAUAUAGUUCUCAUCCAUGUGCCUUUAGUUCUGAUCACAUUGACCUUGUCAAGAUUUGUCUUUGAAGC